CGCUGAUACUGCAUUACAGAAGUGGCAGACCGACACAGUGACUCGACGGCUAAUACGAUAGACGUUAUAAAGAGUUCUUAGUCAUACGUAUUAUUAAUCCCAUGUGUGCCUAUUUGUUAAUCUGCCAUACAUAACGUAGCUAUGGCGAUGGAUUGCGAAGUAUAAAUAUCACAAUCUCAAAUGCAAAGUGUUUAUCGAAGGGGAUUCAGAAUUUCGUUUAAAGAUAAUAUGUAAUUGGAUUCAUACAUAUCUGUUUCACGCAGCAAAAUAAUUUCUUGAACAAUGCUUCUCGAUGUGUGAUGUUCGAAUGUUACAGAAAUACAUUUCUUAUGUAUUAAAUUGGAUUAGUGUUCAAUAGUGUAAUCAAGAGGAAGGAAAAGAUAAUAAAAUGGAUCUCGAAGAGGAUUCACUACAAGAGCGUCUACUGAAUGUUUAUGAGCCAACUCUAAAUAGCGCGCAAGUUAUUUACAAACUAUUGUUGGAUGCCUUACGGUCUAAGAAUUUCCAUUGUUUCAAAAACACCAUAGAACAUCAUUUAAAAAAACAGCCGCCAAUUCUGGAUAUCAACUACGUAUAUCCGAACACGGAAGAAACAUGUCUUGAUAUAGCUAGCAAAAAUGGCCUAAAACAAUUCGUAGAGUUUUUAUUACGUCAAGGUGCAAAUCCUAACAGAGUAAACGAGUUAUAUAAUCGUGCUCCUAUCCAUUUUGCCACGGAGGGUGGACACGUGGACACCUUAGCAGCUUUACUGACAGAACCGACAAUAAAUUCAAAUCUCCAGGCAGGAGAGCAGACUGCCUUACAUAUUGCGGUGAAAAUGAACGACCUAACGUGCACUGAUCUAUUACUAAAGAAUGGAGCCAGCGUUAAUAUUCCAGAUAGUAAGGGCUUAACGGCACUUCAUUUGGCGGCAACAAAGGACCACCUGGACAUAGUGAAAUUGAUAAUGGAAAAAAGCCGGCAGCGUCCAGACAUUGAUACUUAUAGAGAUUGUGAUAACUGGACGACACGAGAAGUGAUUCAGCACAAAAUACCGAGUAUAGUGUUGCCGCCCAAAUAUGAAAAUCGCGAGGUAAAUGUGCAUGACCUCAAGUACUACUUGAUUGCCAAUGAUGAAAUAAACUUCCUGGAAAGUAUGAAGAAUGUCAAGAUAGAAGAUCUUCAUAGUAUAGCCGAAGAGCUGCUCGAGAUGACUGCACUACGAGGUUUUCACAAAGCCGCGAUUGGAAUUCUGGAAAAACUUAAAGGGAGGCAGUUCAGCGUAAAGAAAGCUAUGCAAGCAGCCGUUCAACAGAGUGAUCGUGUUAUUCUUCAGGAACUAUUGAAAAUAGAACCAAAUAUGGCCAAUGAUUUGAUUCUGAAUGCCUGUCAAAUGCUAGGAAUGCCAAGAAAACAAAGAGUUGAUAACACUCACGAUCAACUAGAGUGUCUCAAGUUGAUUCUGGAACAAGAAAAUGUGAACGUUCGUUGUAAUGAUAAUAAAGGCAAUACUCCGCUUCAUUACGCAAUCAGUUCUGGCUGUCAAGAGGCUAUAAUAUUACUUCUCCAUCGAGGCAGCUACAUUGGUCAUAUGAACAAAUUCAACAUACCGCCUAUUGCAGAUAUAUCGGCACAUACGUUAUCGCGCUAUUUCGAUGAUUGUUUGCAAACGCGAAAAGAUCGAACGAACGAGUGUACGAUUGAAUUUAAUUAUCGCUGUUUAAUGCCACACAAUGUUGCCACGGAACAAGAUAAAACUAAUUGGACAACUCAUGAAAUGGAAAUAUUCAAGUACAUUGCCGGUAACAGCGGUCUCAAACCCUUGCUGAAACAUCCGCUGCUCUCUUCUUUUCUCUAUCUCAAAUGGCAUAGAAUACGGCAUAUUUUAUACGCAAAUUUCGUCUUUUACAUAAUUUUUUAUCUUUUGUUAAACGCUUACAUCUUCAACAUGACUUAUGAUAUUCGGAGAGAAAAUAAAACUCAAAUUGCCAACGAAUCUGUUAGAAUUUCGGAAAGUACUUUGGGAAGUGUCCCGAACAAUUUUCUAUGGGGCUUCACCACUAUAAUGUUGUUGCUUUUCAUCCUCCGAGAGAUUUUCCAACUUAUAUCCUGCGUUAAGCGUUAUCUAAUGAGUUUAAGAAACUGGUUAGAAAUUAUGUUAAUUAUGUUUACUGUUGCUGCACUGUGCGGUGCAGGACUUCAAAUCGGUGCUCUGGUAAUUCUGUUGUCGGCCUGCGAAUUAGUAAUUUUAAUCAGCCAGCAUCCACGUUUGUCGACCGGCAUUGAAAUGUUCCGAACGGUUUCUUUUAAUUUCAUACGCUUUUUGUUCCCUUACCUGUUUCUUAUCUUUGCAUUUGCUCUAGCUUUCUACACACUUUUCAAAGACGGCAACGACACAAACUUUCUCGAUCCCGGUCUUUCACUCUUUAAAACUGUUAUCAUGCUCACUGGCGAGUUUGACGCCAACGACAUUCCGUUCAUCUCGCAUCCAAUUUGGAGCCACAUUGUAUUUAUGUUGUUUGUCUUUUUUAUCGCUAUUGUACUGUUUAAUCUACUCAAUGGCUUGGCAGUCAGUGACACCGCUGAGAUUUUGUCUAAAGCCGAAUUAGUUGGACUUGUUUCUCGAAUACGUUUGGUUGCCUACAUUGAAGAAAUAGUAGUUGGCAAAUCUUUCAGGUAUUGCUUUUGCAGUAAUUCGCGAUGGAAUCCUUUUAGAUUCCUCCCUAAGAGAAUUCUUUUGUUUCCUCAUUUUCUAAAAGACGGUAAAAUCAUUAUUAAACCAGGCGAUAACUCGGAUGCUUAUGAUAACGAUCGAUAUUACGAAAAGGACAUUCACAGUAAAUCCAUAAAGCGUGACAAACAGUGGAGUACCUCGAUAAUGGAUCCAGACAUAAUUAAACAAGCUAAACGUAUUAUUUGGAACAAAAAUCAAUUAACAGAUAAUAAAAUGGAUCUCGAAGAGGAUUCACUACAAGAGCGUCUACUGAAUGUUUAUGAGCCAACUCUAAAUAGCGCGCAAGUUAUUUACAAACUAUUGUUGGAUGCCUUACGGUCUAAGAAUUUCCAUUGUUUCAAAAACACCAUAGAACAUCAUUUAAAAAAACAGCCGCCAAUUCUGGAUAUCAACUACGUAUAUCCGAACACGGAAGAAACAUGUCUUGAUAUAGCUAGCAAAAAUGGCCUAAAACAAUUCGUAGAGUUUUUAUUACGUCAAGGUGCAAAUCCUAACAGAGUAAACGAGUUAUAUAAUCGUGCUCCUAUCCAUUUUGCCACGGAGGGUGGACACGUGGACACCUUAGCAGCUUUACUGACAGAACCGACAAUAAAUCCAAAUCUCCAGGCAGGAGAGCAGACUGCCUUACAUAUUGCGGUGAGAAUGAACGACCUAACGUGCACUGAUCUAUUACUAAAGAAUGGAGCCAGCGUUAAUAUUCCAGAUAGUAAGGGCUUAACGGCACUUCAUUUGGCGGCAACAAAGGACCACCUGGACAUAGUGAAAUUGAUAAUGGAAAAAAGCCGGCAACGUCCAGACAUUGAUACUUAUAGAGAUUGUGAUAACUGGACGACACGAGAAGUGAUUCAGCACAAAAUACCGAGUAUAGUGUUGCCGCCCAAAUAUGAAAAUCGCGAGGUAAAUGUGCAUGACCUCAAGUACUACCUGAAUGCCAAUGAUGAAAUAAACUUCCUGGAAAGUAUGAAGAAUGUCAAAAUAGAAGAUCUUCAUAGUAUAGCCGAAGAGCUGCUCGAGAUGACUGCACUACAAGGUUUUCACAAAGCCGCGAUUGGAAUUCUGGAAAAACUUAAAGGGAGGCAGUUCAGCGUAAAGAAAGCUAUGCAAGCAGCCGUUCAACAGAGUGAUCAUGUUAUUCUUCAGGAACUGUUGAAAAUAGAACCAAAUGUGGCCAAUGAUUUGAUUCUGAAUGCCUGUCAAAUGUUAGGAAUGCCAAGAAAACAAAGAGUUGAUAACACUCACGAUCAACUAGAGUGUCUCAAGUUGAUUCUGGAACAAGAAAAUGUGAACGUUCGUUGUAAUGAUAAUAAAGGCAAUACUCCGCUACAUUACGCAAUCAGUUCUGGCUGUCAAGAGGCGAUGAUAUUACUUCUCCAUCGAGGCAGCUACAUUGGUCAUAUGAACAAAUUCAACAUACCGCCUAUUGCAGAUAUAUCGACACAUACGUUAUCGCGCUAUUUCGAUGAUUGUUUGCAAACGCGAAAAGAUCGAACGAACAAGUGUACGAUUGAAUUUAAUUAUCGCUGUUUAAUGCCACACAAUGUUGCCACGGAACAAGAUAAAACUAAUUGGACAACUCAUGAAAUGGAAGUAUUCAAGUACAUUGCCGGUAACAGCGGUCUCAAACCCUUGCUGAAACAUCCGCUGCUCUCUUCUUUUCUCUAUCUUAAAUGGCAUAGAAUACGGCAUAUUUUAUACGCAAAUUUCGUCUUUUACAUAAUUUUUUAUCUUUUGUUAAACGCUUACAUCUUCAACAUGACUUAUGAUAUUCGGAGAGAAAAUGAAACUGAAAUUGCCAACGAAUCUAUUAGAAUUUCGAAAAGUACUUUGGGAAGUGUCCCAAACAAUUUUCUAUGGGGCUUCACCACUAUAAUGUUGUUGCUUUUCAUCCUCCGAGAGAUUUUCCAACUUAUAUCCUGCGUUAAGCGUUAUCUAAUGAGUUUAAGAAACUGGUUAGAAAUUAUGUUAAUUAUGUUUACUGUUGCUGCACUGUGCGGUGCAGGACCUCAAAUCGGUGCUCUGGUAAUUCUAUUGUCGGCCUGCGAAUUAGUAAUUUUAAUUAGCCAGCAUCCACGUUUGUCGACCGGCAUUGAAAUGUUCCGAACGGUUUCUUUUAAUUUCAUACGCUUUUUAUUCCCUUACCUGUUUCUUAUCUUUGCAUUUGCUCUAGCUUUCUACACACUUUUCAAAGACGGCAACGACACAAACUUUCUCGAUCCCGGUCUUUCAAUCUUCAAAACUGUUAUUAUGCUCACUGGCGAGUUCGACGCCAACAACAUUCCGUUCAUCUCGCAUCCAGUUUGGAGCCACAUUGUAUUUAUAUUGUUUGUCUUUUUUAUCGUUAUUAUACUGUUUAAUCUGCUCAAUGGCUUGGCAGUCAGUGACACCGCUGAGAUUUUGUCUAAAGCCGAAUUAGUUGGACUUGUUUCUCGAAUACGUUUGGUUGCCUACAUUGAAGAAAUAGUAGUUGGCAAAUCUUUCAGGCAUUGCUUUUGCAGUAAUUCGCGAUGGAAUCCUUUUAGAUUCCUUGCUAAGAGAAUUCUUUUGUUUCCUUAUUUUCUAAAAGACGAGAAAAUCAUUAUUAAACUAUGCGAUAACUCGGAUGCUUAUGAUAACGAUCGAUAUUACGAAAAGGACAUUCACAGUGAAUCCAUAAAGCGUGACAAACAGUGGAAUACCUCGAUAAUGAAUCCAGACAUAAUUAAACAAGCUAAACUUAUUAUUUGGAACAAAAAUCAAUUAACAGGUAAUGAGAAGAUUAUAGCUAUAUUGAACAGAUUACAAGAGAAAGUGACAACAAUUGAAAUAACUUUAAAAACUACAAAGUUUACAGAAUAAUAAUAUGGUAAAAUCAGUAAUAGAGAAUUAAUAUUAUAUUUUUUAAUAUUGUUUAGUAUUAAAAUCUUACUAUAACUUAUUCUUUAUAUGCCUCCGUAAAACCAUACAAUACAUAAAAAAAUUAUUUUUUCUUAACAAAACAAAAAUAUUCUGAGAAUAUUUCAAAAUUAUCAUAAUAGUAGAUUACUUAGAUAUUUUUAGAAUAUUUGAUGUACGUACGGUAAUAUACUUCGCAUAUACUAUGCAAGUUCUUAUCUACACCCUACGGCACUCUACAAUGAUUCAAACUAUACAUAUAUCAGAUGUACAAGUAUGAAAUGCGAAUUCAUUUUCCAAAAAAAGAAAAAAACACGUAAAAUUCGGAAGAACGAUGAAAAGUAAUUUAUUCAAAGUAUGCUCCAUUGCUAGUUAUACAUUUUUCCCAUCUUUCGGGUAAUUUGUAAAUAUCACGCCAGUAAAAAUCUUUUCUUUUUGCCGCGAACCAUUCAUUGAACCAUUUUUCACAUCUUUAUACAAACCAAAGCGCUGCUCAGCAAGUACGUGACCCAUCGAUACAAACAAGUGGUAAUCGGAAAGAGCCAAGUCUGGUAAGUAAGCCGCAUGGGCUAGCACUUCCCAGCUGAGCGAUUCCAACGUAUCGCGAACCGGUUUUGCCGUAUGUGAUAGAGCAUUGUCGGAGAAAAAUGAUCGUGUUGUCUUUAUCAAUAUUCUGGUCGUUUUUCGAGUAGCGAACGGUUCAAAUCGAUCAAUUGUUGUUAGUAGCGUAUUAACCGUUUCAUCAGGCUUUAACAGCUCAUAAUAGACCACACCCUUCUAGUCCCACCAAACACAGAGCAUUGUCUUCCUGCCAGAACGAUUCGGUCUUACGGUUGAUGUGGAUGGUGCGUUUAGGUCUACCCAUGAUUUUUUGCGCUUGGGAUUUUCAAAAUAUAUCAACUUUUUAUCUCCAAUAACGAUACGAUGCAAAAACGACUUUCUUUUGUAUCGUUCGAGCAAAAUUCCACAUGUGUUUUUGCGCUUCUCCAUCUGCCUCUCAUUCAAUUCAUGUGAUAUCCAUCUGCCGACUUUUUGAUUCUUUCCCAUCUCUCGGAGGCGAUUGGAAACAACUUGUAAACUAACGCUCAAUUGCUCUGCGAGUUGUUUUAUGUUUGUAAAUCGUCUUCGUCCAACAAUGCUUGCAAUUCUACAUCUUUGUAUCUUUUUGGUGGUUUUCCGUGUUCCUUGCUUGCAACAUCAAAAUCACCACUUUUGAAACGCCGAAACCAUUGUUCACACGUUUCUUGCGAUGGAGCAUGUUCACCAUAAGCUUCUCGAAGUAAUCGGUAUGAUUCAGCAGCAGUUUUCUUUAAAUGAAAACAAAAAAUCAACACUGUCCGCGAAUGCUCUUUAUUUGACACAAAUUUCGUUAUAUUGAACACAGCAAAACAAUACUAUGCACACUUUUUCAACUUAUCACUUGUGCGCGUUGACUCUUGUUGGUAGCACAACAAAAUGGCAUAUACGUCAAAUCUUUAUACUACACACUGCAUUGGUGCACCUUUUGUUGUCUCAAAUCCGCAUUUCAUACUUGUACACCUGGUACAUACUGAGAACAUCCUACAAGAUGUAUAUAUUUUGAAUAACCGCAUGCAAUAUAUAAUCCUAGAUAGUAGAGGAGAAGAGGGUAUUAUGACUACUUACAACAAUAUGGCUACCCCUAUUAUUUCCGUUAUUAGGUGACGUAUUCUAACAAUUGCUUAUGGAGUUAUUUGUUUAGUAACCGUUUUUUAG